AUGGGUUCACUUAAGAUUGAUUCAGGAGUGGCUAGAGAUAUGUUUGCUGGGUAUGUAGUUGCUGGGGAUAAGCUUUUUAAUAUGGUUGAUGAUAGGAGAUUUAGAAAUUGGGUGAAAUAUAUUAGUCCAACUUUGAAACUUCCUUCUAGGAAUAUGGUUAAGGCUGACAUAGUGAAAGUUUACAAGAGAGAAGCUGCGAAACUUAAAAAAAUUUUAGUUUCCAUUCCAAAUAGAAUUUACUUAACAUCUGAUCUUUGGACUUCCAGUACCAAUGAGGGGUUUAUAUGUUUGACUGCACAUUUUGUUGAUGAGAACUGGAAAUUACAGAGUAAAAUUCUCAAUUUUUGUCAUAUGCCUCCUCCUCACACAGGAUUUGAGUUGUCUUCUAAAAUCUUUACGCUUUUGACUGAGUGGAAAGUUGAUAAAAAAAAUUUUUCCAUUACUUUGGAUAAUGCUUCUUCUAAUGAUACUUGUGUUGAACACUUGAAAAGUACUUUGGAUGUGCAUGGUUCAUUGUUGUGUGGUGGUGAAUUCUUUCAUGUUUAUUGCUCUGCUCAUAUUUUAAAUCUUAUUGUCCAAGAUGGAAUGAAAAUAUGUGGUGAUGCAGUGUAUAAGAUUAGAGAGUCUAUUAAGUUUCUGAGAAAAUCUGAAAGUCGAAUGGUUAAGUUUAAAAAAUGUUUUAAAGAUAUUGAGGGACUUGAGUAUACGACUGCAUUAUGUUUAGAUGUUCCUACUAGGUGGAAUUCACUUUAUGCAAUGCUUGCAAGUGCUAUUCCUUAUAAGAAAGCUUUUGAAAUGUAUAAAGUAAAAGAAGCUGGGUUUAGGGAGUAUUGUCCUUCAUCAGAUGAGUGGAGAAGAACUGAAAAGAUAUGUGAUUUCUUGUUACUAUUUUACGAAACUACCAAGUUGAUGUCUGGAACUUCUUACCCAACAUCCAACUUGUAUUUUUUACAAGUUUGGCAAAUCCAGCUUAUUUUAAUGAAUAGUUUGAAGAAUGAUGAAGUGCUUAUAAGGAACAUGGGAGAAAAAAUGAUGAUUAAGUUCAAGAAAUAUUGGGAAGAAUACAGUGUUCUUGCAUUUAGGGCAGUUCUUGAUCCUAGAUUUAAACUCAACACUUUGGUUCAUUGCUAUAAUGAGAUUGAUCCUAUUAGUGCUAAAGACAAAGUGGAGCUUGUGAAGAGUAAGUUAUACAAGCUUUUUGAGGUUUAUGACCAAAAUUCCUCUACAACUAUAGAGAGUUCUUCCCAACUUUCAAGUAAUUUUUCUCAAGCAACAUCUUCUGCAAUUGGAACUCAGCUUAUUAAAAUUGUUGGUGAUUUGAUGUCCCGUAAUCAAGAAGCUGAAGUGAAAAGUGGAAAGAACCAACUGGAUAUUUAUUUGAGUGAGGCAAUAUUAUUUUGCAAUGAUGCAAUCAUUGAUGUUUUGCAAUGGUGGAAAGACAACCAUCAUCGUUUUCCAACACUAUCACUAAUGGCACGAGAUUUGUUGAGCAUUCCUAUUACUACCGUGGCUUCAGAAUCUACAUUUAGCAUGGGUUCUCAUGUUUUGAAUAAGUAUAAAAGUCGUUUGUUGUUAGAUAAUGUUGAAGCGAUGAAGAUAAAGAUUAGGAAGAUAUUGCAAAAAGAGAAGGCUAUUCUUCAAUAG